CUCGCCGUCGCCGGAACGGUUUGAGGAAGGGACCAUCCGGUAACUCUGAAACACCGACACAAAUUGGUCGGAAAAAUUCGAAUCCGUCUAGGUGGGUGACAGACCUCCGCAGCAAGAUCGGGCGAAUCGUGACAUCAGUAAGAUGGCUUCGGGCACCGUUUUCUAUUGUGAGCUUUGUGAUGUUCAUUGUACAUCUGACAUGAACCUUAAGAUGCAUUUCAUGGGAAUGAAACACAGAAGGCGUGAGGAAGGCCUCAAAAAUCUAAAAAUAAAUGUACCAACAAUGGAUGCACAACAUUCCUUUGGGUCAUCUGUUUUAGAAAAGUACUUCAGAGAUGCAGAUAUAAAAGAUCCUAUAAUUGGAUUGAACUAUGUGAUUGAAUAUCAGACUGAAGGGACAUCAAAUCCAUUCUUCUUUUGUGAACUUUGCGAUUGUCGUGGAGGAGUUGUCUCCUUCAUAACGCACAUACUUGGUUUUAAGCACAAAUUGAAUUAUAUGACAAAGACACAUCCAGCUGCACUACAAUUUGAAGGAGCAAAGCUAAAGAAGUUAGAAUUACAUUCAAUAAUUAAAGAAAAAGCAGGAUAUAUUGAGAAGAUUGAUGGAAGCGGUAAGGUGAAGGUUGUCCUUGGUGAGAUGCCCAGUGAAAUUUCUGAAGGAAACCCUGCUACAAAAAGAGUUUCAGAUACCUAUGAUCAAUUGGAUUCCAGUUAUUCACACCGUGAGAACUUCAGAAAUAACUUUGGACAGAAUAUGAAUAUCGCAGAUUCAGAUUUCUAUGAGUCAAGAAUAGCACGAUCACAAGAUGAACGGUUUGAUGCCAAAUUUUCACCAAGAAGAAAUCGUGGUGAUAUGGAAAUUUCUUACGACACAAGAAUGCUAUGCUCACAAGAUGGGCAAUUCGAAAGCAGAUUUUCAAGGAAUGAAUACUUUGGAAGUAACUUUGGUCAGCAUCUUAAUAGGGGAAGUUCCAGUUCCUCAGAAUCAAGAAUGCCAUAUUCUCAAGAUUUCAGAUCAUCUGGAGACAUUUUGCAAGACAAUUGGAGAAAAGCUGAAAUGCUAGACAUGGAUUGGAGCUCCAACAAUAUACCAGACUCUGGAGAUCUGUACAGAAGAAGAGAGCCAAUGAGGGACUUUGAGAAUGAUUAUAUUAAAGGAUCUGGUGCUGAUGAACAAUGGACGCAGAGAGAGUUUGAAGCACAUGAGCCAGUUACUUUCAAAACUGCCUUUGCAAGUGAGGAACUCUUUGAGUGUUUGCAAAACUUUCAAAUUUUCAGUGAUAACGAUGCAAAGUUUGUCUUAAAAGUUACACAGAGUCUCACAGAUGCAUUAAUGGAAUAUCGGCGAAAGACAAUAAAUACUAUUGACCAAGACAGAAGGCCUCCAAUGGAUGAAGAAUUAAGACGACCCACUGUUAUGCCAAAUGAAUAUUCUGGAUAUGAACCAUAUGCACCAGCAUAUGAUACAUGCCAGACAUAUACUGGUAAUUCUACAAAUUUCAGAACUAAAUAUAAAGUUGGUGGUACCUGGAAGAAAACAGCUGGAUUGCAUUCUAAACCAAAUGUCAAAAAAAUAGGUUUUCAGUCAAAUCGUAAACUGUUUAAACCAACAUCUAAUACCGGAUCAACAAAAUCAAAAAAUAAUGUUAUUCUGACCCCACAUCUGCUUAAGGCUAUUGAUGGCAUGGAUAUUGACAGGGCUACCAAAACACUGACUAAACUAUCAAAAACCAACCCGGCACUGAAAGGUUUGAAGAUCUCUUUCUUGGUUGAUGUACUAGUGGAAGCUGGUGUGCUGACACGUGAACGAAGUUAAAACUACUGCAGUUGAAGAAUUUUUCAUCAAAUUCAGUUUUUAUAAAUAGCUAAAACUAGACAAGCUUGUAAAAACCAUAUUUUUUGGGUGGGGGGGUAAAGCUUGUUUUUGCAAAUCGUUCAAUGUUUUGUUCAGACAUGUUUAAAGAGUACAAAAUAAGCUUUAAAUAAUUGAACAUACAAUGGAUUCUGGUUAAUUGGGGUAGCUUAUUUGGGCCAGCUCUCAAACAACAAAAAAUAAUUAAGAAAAACUGCCAUUUGUUCCCCUCAUUUACUUAGGACACCAUUCCACUUAAUUGGGGCAGGAGACUUUCUGAAUAAGUUCUAAUUAGCGUCAGUUGUGCACACUGGUGUAGCUGUAGAUGCUACUGUAUGUUUUGAGUGAUGGUUUUUAAGUAAUGUCAGAUGCAUGUACUUCUGUUCAAAGCCCAUCAAACUUUGUCACUGAUAGUUGGUGAGAAAUAAAUAGUAAGGCAAUCUGGAACUUGUUUUGCUUACUGCAGUUUCAAGGAUUUAUGCUUAAAGAUGCCAGAAACAGCUGUGAGUGAAAAUUACACUACUUUGCUACCUUGGAAAUUGCAAAGAAUUUGAAGGUAUUAAAAGCUAUUAAAUAUCAUUUGGAAUAGUACAGUGCAAAUGAAGAGUUGGAGGAUGCAGUGAUCAAUAAAAUUGUGUGAAGGUAGUCUGUUACCUGCACUAGGUAGCUCUGCUGAUUUUAUUAAUUCACUGUCAACCAAAAGAACAGUAAUUGAUAACCAAUACAGUUCCAUAAUACUGUAGUGGUAGUGUUACAAUUUGUUACUCAGUUUGUUUUUUUUUAAAUACCUUUUUAGUUAUUUUCAUGAAAUUUUGGCUAACUGAGGAAGCCACUUAAUUGGGCCAAUAUGUACUAGUCCUUGUGCCCCAAUUAACCAGGAUCCAUUGUAAUUGUGUCUCAAUACUAAUAGUUCAUGUAGUAAAAUACCAUCCAUUGAUUAGUGGUGGUUAAUUAUUUAAAAUACAACUUUUGAGUAUAUAAAUGUCAUGUUUUGAAGUUAUUGUCUUCUUGUACACUCAAAAAACCUGAAGGUCAGAACUGAUUUACCAAGGGAUUGUCACUGUUCUAGACCUUACAUUAUUGAAAUUUAGUGCAUUCUUGAGUUAAAGUUCAUGUAGAUGUUUUUUUGUGUAAGAUACUUGAAGUCUAUAGUGAUUAUGAUCAAUUCAUGUAAAUUUAUUCCAAAUUUAACAUUCUACAGAUUAGAUUUAUUAGAAUACAAGGAUUCACUGAUUAUUAUGUUUGAGUAUGUUUUAAAAAUACACUGAGAAAAAUUAAGUCCUGGUCUUUAUUAUACCCAGUUAUUGAAGUUGAUCAUUAAACAGCUGAAUAAAACAUUA